AUGAACAAAUAUCCAGAAGUUCAAGAAUAUUGUGAUAGAGUGUUGUAUUCGACUAAAGAAUGUUGGGCCCAUGUAUUUACAAAACAAUGUUUUUUAGCAAAUACGCAUUCAAGUCAACAUGUUGAAAGCAUAAACCGGGUUAUUAAAUUAAAGACAAACUCUAGAAAUUCUCUAUGCCAGCUUCAAAUUGGGAUCGAAUUACGGCUUAAGGAUGAAGCAAAAUAUGCAAGUUUUCAGAAAUUUAGAAAUAUGAAUCCAACAACUGGUCUUUCUCAUGUUUCUAGUAUGAUCUUUAAAAGCAUGUUCACUACAUUCCAGAAACUUAAUAGUACAAAUCAGGAACAGAAUUAUGAUAUAGGAUUUAUAGAAGAGGAUUAUGAAGAGCCACAGAUAUUAUUAGAUAUGGCUUUAGAAGAUUGUACUGGAGGCAAAGGUUUGAUAUCAUUUGAUGAAAGUCAAGAAUCCUUUGUUCAAGUAAUACAAAGCGAUGAUAAACUGGUUUUAACUAAAAUAUUUCAAGGGUUAGAAAGGAUUCGUGGGCAUGAAAUUAAUAAUAGAGAUGCUAUCAAAUUGGAUUCAAAGAAGGUUUCUUACAGUCGUGGCCUUGGACUUUGUAAGAAAGCUUUAGAUAUAGCAAUCACGAAUAGUUCUAACGGUGCUUUAGAAG